AUGCGACUCGAACCGCCGACCGAUGGUGGCUGCGUGGCUACCAGUCGACGCCAAAUGACGCUGAGUGAACGACGAGCCCGCAAUCGUUCGCUUUGCUCAGUGUUGUGCAGCCCAGCCCCAUACGGUCUGGCUUAUUCGGCAUGGAUGGGCAAUCUUAGCCAGUUAAAACUAGAAGACAUCACAGCGGCCGAAGAAGAAUUUUCUCGCGGCCCGCCUGUCGAUUUUAUACGUUCUUGUUAUGAAACUCGCGAGGUGACUUCGCCGGCCUCAAUCCUCACCGUCAGUUCCAUCGAAAUUCCCCAUUCGAAGACUACCGAUGGUGUCGAUUUACAAAACGAUUUUGAGUUGGACGGCUUUCCGAAGAAGAAAUCAUCCUCAUCUAAUCCGUCGGCUUCUUCUGGGUAUGGAUCGGCUUCGUCCGAAAGCGAUCAAGAACAGGCUGAGAAACAGCGAAGGAACAGUGUCCCCGCCAGUCUACGAUCUCCAUACCCAGAGGAUGUCAUGCGCGUGUUGGAGCAGGACGGCUAUGUGCGGUUCGAGACGAACGUCGACUCUGGUCUACGCGUCGGAAUCCCAGUGAACAUGCGCACGGUGCGCCAAAAUGAAUCGGUGCUGGACUUGGCCCGGAAAUUCGCCGAAUUGAAUGCGCAACAGGAAAAAGCUCGUCUACACACAUCCUGGCAUGCCCCUACACGGCCACCCGGACCAUCAACCACCCGCCUUGCCCGAGACAACCAUCAAGGGAGCAUUGCUGCAUUGGGAGAUCGUCCAAAACCACUGAAUCAGAUGAACAACAAUCCGUGGAAACAAAUGCCAAAGGGUGGAGCAUGCGUACGACCAACCAAUCCGAACUCUAUCAAAGAAGCGCUACUCCGCUGGAUUCAAGCCAAGGUCAAGGACUAUCCGAUCGAAGUGACGAAUUUCUCGUCGUCAUGGGCUAAUGGAAUGGCGUUUUGCGCUCUCAUCCAUCGGUUUGCCCCUGAUGCUUUUGACUUUGCCAAGCUGGACCCGGAGAAUCGGCGGGAAAACUUGGAAUUGGCGUUUAAAGUAGCUGAAGACAAUGGGAUUUGUCCCCUCCUCGAAGUCGACGACAUGAUUAUGAUGGGCGACCGCCCUGAUUGGAAAUGCGUCUUCACCUAUGUCCAAUCAUUCUACAAAGAAUUCCGGAAUCGCCCC